UUCAGUAUUACAGUGGCAUAACCUGAAAAUACUUGUUUUUCUAAUUACUGUUUACAAAAUAUGAACUAUUGACAAAAUGUCUAAGAAAGGGCAGAAAGUAACGGGAAGUUACUAUUUCGUGAUUGUAGGACAUAAUGAUAAUCCUAUAUUCGAGUUGGAGUUCUCUAACAAUAAAGAUCCCAAGAAGGAAGACCAUAGACACCUGAAUCAGUUUAUUGCUCAUGCAGCUUUGGACUUGAUUGAUGAGCAUAAAUGGAAGACACAUAGCAUGAAUCUAAAGUCUGUAGAUAAAUUCAAUCAAUGGUUUGUCUCCGCCUUUGUCACAGCUAGUCUUAUAAGAUUUGUCAUGGUGCAUGAUAACCGUAAUGAUGAUGGUAUCAAGAAUUUCUUUAAUGAAGUCUAUGAAUCCUACAUCAAACAUUCCAUGAAUCCAUUCUACCAAGAGAAUACACCAAUAAAGUCAUUAGCUUUUGAUAAAAAGGCACAGUUGUAUGCUAAGAAAUAUCUAUGUGCAUAAAUAUUUAUAACUACUGUAUGUUGAUAGAUUUAAAGAAAUAAAACACAUUCAUGAAGUAUA